AUGGCCAGUCCAGCAGUACCCCUACCGAACCCGACCAACCCACCACUUCCUUCAGAUGCUCCCUCCAAUGACAACACCAUAACUCAAGCCGGUUUCAAGGUCACCACGCGCAAGCUACCUAUCUUGAAGGCGGGGCCCAUAGAAGAGAUGACUGAAAAGCUUGGGAUUGCGCCCCCCGAAAUGAUAUUUGGCGAUAACCUGGCGCGAAUCGAACACCCAGCCAGCGGAUGGAGUAUCGAGUUCAAUGCCUUCGACGCUCUAGAUCGCGUAGACAAGACCGGGGACAGCAUGCUGAAAGUGUCAUAUUCGAAGGAGUGGCAGCAGAAUAGACAGCACCACUCCUCAGACAUAAAAGAAGUUAUUAAGCCCUUCGACUGGUCUUACUCCACAGACCACGCGGGCAGCACCGAGUCCCUUGCCUCGAAUCUACUUCAAUUCGAACCAACAACUACGCCUAUCCCCCUUGAGCUCCUCAAGCGACCGGACCCGAUCUUGUUCUUCGAUGAGGUGAUGCUCUAUGAAGAUGAGCUCGCAGACAAUGGCAUCGCGAUGCUAUCGUGCAAGAUCCGCGUCAUGCCUGCGCGCUUGCUGCUCCUCUCGCGCUUCUUCCUGCGUCUUGACGAUGUGAUCUUUCGGAUUAGAGAUACGAGAGUGUUUGUGGAGUUCAAGACGGGCGAGGUCAUCAGGGAGUACACCGCGCGAGAGGAGAAGUAUGACGAGGUCAAGCGGAAGAUGAAGUUGCGGGGCGAGAAAGAGGCGGAUAUCCCGGCGCUGAUGAGGGAUGCGAAUCGGCUGGCAGGAAUGUUGCCGGUUGUAGAGCAGAGGUUGGAGAGGCUGGAGUUGCAUAAGGCGCCAUGA